AUGGCAGGAACAACUGUAUUAAGAAGACAUCUGUCAAAUGCCAUCGCACAGAGCGUCAGAACCGGCUGCAGAAAUUAUGCCACUCCAUCCUCGAGGCCAGCGUCUCGCCUCGGCCCAACCCUGGAUUUAGAGUCUUUUAUCCGGAGAUCAAAAGUCAUGUCCCUGUACCGCAGCUUCGUCAGGGCCACCUACAAGAUCGAAGACCCCCAGACUCGCAAGGAGACGCUGCAGUACUUUCGCUCAGAGUUUGAGAGCAACAGGGGCGUCACAGAUUCGCUCACUUGCGUGUGA